GUCUCCCCGCUCCCUGCUGUGUAGAUGGUACAGUCCACAUGCAGUUCGGAGUUGUUGCUGAGGAGGUUCCACUGUUCAGCACAUACAGUUAAAUUGGCAUGCAACCUACACUUGGGUCCUGUAGCAGGAGACUGCACUGCUUUUGAAAAUGUUACCGUCUUCUCACCGGAGUUACCUCGGACAGCAGGGCAGGGUCGCAUUAUUUCACCUUUUGUGCAGUAUUACAGGUGUGUGGGGCAGUCAGGUGGUGGUGCCUCAGAGGGUGAAUGCUGUGCUGGGGAAGAAUGUGACAUUAGAGUGCAGGGUGGAGGUGGGCACAAACCUUACUCUUACUCAGAGUUGCUGGGAGCGCCGUCUGCCUUCAGGCUCUGUCACAGUGGCUGUCUACAACCCACUGUUGGGCAUCUCCAUCCCCCCAGAGUUUAUCCAUCGCUUGUAUUUUCGCUCACCCUCCUCUCAUGAUGCCACCAUCGUGCUGGAAAACGUGGGCUUUGCUGACGUCGGGAUCUAUACCUGUAAGGUUGCUACAUUUCCUCUGGGAAACACUCAAGCCUCCACUACUGUCAAUGUACUCGUGGAGCCGAAGGUCUACGUGUCUGCAGGUUCAACUGCCCUAAUCGAUGGUGGCAAUGAUACUGUGGUGGCCACCUGCAUUGCUGAGCGGGCCCGGCCCCCUGCCGAGGUGUCCUGGGAGUCCAACCUUUUUGGCCAGUCAGAAGUGCAGCUAUUUGACGAAGUCAACGGCACGACCAGCACACAAGUGAGCUACCUCUGGCAGCCCACACGUCACGUCCGGGGCCACACACUCACCUGUGUGGUCCGCCACCCGGCUCUGCAGAGUGACUUCAGGAUCCCCUACCAGCUCAAUGUGCAGUUUGCUCCUGAUAUCUCAGUUGUGGGCUAUGAUGGAGACUGGUAUGUGGGUCGGGAAAAUGUUCAAAUGACGUGCAAAGCCAAUGCAAACCCACCGGCUCAUCACUACAGAUGGAUCAGAUUGGACAGUGAAAUGCCAGAAGGAGUGGAAAUAAUGAACAGCACUUUGCUCUUCCUGCGUCCCCUCCAGCGGAAUGACUCUGGAGUUUACAGGUGUGAGGUUGCCAAUGACAUCAACCUACGCAGUCGGGAUGUGCGCAUUCUCAUACAAGAUCCUCCCACCAUGCCUUCCACCAUUACUGCUCUUGUCCUUACUGGCUCUGCCUCCUCCACAUUAGUGGAUGAUAAGGGGCAUGUCCUUCUCAGCUCCCCCACACUUGAAGCCCUACCUGAGAGUAAUCUUGGUUCCAUAGUGGGUGGGGCUGUGGGCGGGGCCUUGUUCCUGCUACUGCUGCUGUGUCUGGUUGGCGUGUGUUACCUACGGAAACAGCAGACCUUCCACGGAAACUACUACACCAAGCAGUACCUGGGCCCCAAUGACCUUCAGAAAGCCCCCAGGCAGCAUGAGCUCCACGCUACCAAAGCUGGCAGCAGCAGCUCCCACCAUCAGGACCAUGACCGAGAGGAGUGGGGAGACCGCCAGCUCAAACAUGAGCGUGACUACAACGGAGAGGAGUAUCCCUCUAAUGGCUACACUAGGGCAAUGAGGGAGAGCAGUCACCACAGCCAUCAGCAGAAUCACCACCGUGAACACACACAGUAUUCUAGUCCACGGCAGGCCAAAUGUGCCAGAUACCCUCAUUCACCUAAACCACAGGGAAAUGGCUCCCCCUACCUGUCAGAUGACUGCUACGAUAGUGAGCCCGAGGGUGACUAUGUCUCUCACACAGACGGGUCUGUCAUCUCACGUAGGGAGUGGUACGUUUGACAAGCUACCUGGUCCUGCAGGAGCAGACAUACGACCAGCGGAGGUCAUUUAUUAAAUUAGGAAGACUCAUUAUUUCUCUUCUGUACGCACAUGCACACUUCUACUAAUCUCAGUUCUGUAAUUCCCUUGUUUUGUUCAAGCGUCCUGGUCGACACUUGAGAUGUAAUGUUUCUGACUGUGGACUGCACAGCCACUUUGACAGUCAACAUCUACAUGCCUACAGAAGUGGGCAUGUCACGUGUGUGUGUGUGUGUGUGUGUGUGUGUGUGUGUGGAGACUAACUAAAGAUCAUGAUGUAUGUGCUGUCUCUGCCUUACUACGUGGACUGCCAAUGUAUUUAGCAUUACUAAUAUCUUUCAGUUGAGUGGAAGCCCUGGGGGCUUACAGACCACGUGGUUGUCGCAGAAUAAAUUUUUUGUUUGUUUUCUACAAAAUCAGCCUUCUCAGGCUAUAUGACACUUGUAUUUGUAGAUAUUGCUUACACUAAUUUGUUUAAAAGAAAGAAGAAAGAAAUAUGAUUGGCUGAUAUUGAAGAAUGGUACGGAACCCAUGGCUGGAAGUCAUGAAAUUCAGAUGGUCACAGGUCCUUUUUCCAAAACUCAGUAGGACACAGCAAUGGCAUAUAGGCUAAUUUAAAAAAAAAAACAAUUUAUCUCACUGAGAAAUCAGAAUUCCUUCAUGACUGAUGAUCUCUUCACACUGAUCAUGGUCAUAAAACGCAUUGCACUGCCUUUUGCAAAACUUUAUAAUGGACAACCACAUCAUUUGUUUUCGACUAAAAUGUCUACCCAUUUAUGUAACUUGCCAUAAUGGGAGACUUGUGAGCUUGAGGACUUGAUAGCUGAUGUCUUAGCAGUGUCCUUUUAAAACUGAUGUCCUAGAGUGGGAACCUUAAGAGCAUUUCUACUGUAUGUCCUCGGCUCAUCUUUUAUCCCCAGGAGGGAGGGAUGGAGAGAGGGCAAGCAGGGAGGCCUGCAUGAAUGAGGCAAAGUCCACUGUAACACUGGGUUUAUCAAACAGUCAAGCCUUGAUAUGCAAAUGUGCUACACAAUUCUGCAAGUUUUAAAAAAAGCUGGAAUAAUCUGUUACUUCUGUUUAAUCUUUUUAGCAUUUGUGUGACUUAUUGAUUUUGGGGAGAGUUUCAGGUUAGUUGUCCUCUUCAGUUAGCCACAAACACAUUCUCCUGCCAUCUACCAGAUGAUAAUUUGCACUCUGGCACCAAACCAGGGCUCUAGGAAGGUCAAGAGUGCAAGGGCAUUGUUUAAAGCAAGCUACAGUAUGGCAGACACCAUACACUGGCCUCCUAGUAACAAAGUAUUUUGUUACACAAAGAAAUCAUACAGGAGUGCAGCCAUUACACCCUACCACAAACCACCACCGAUGGACUAAUUUCACUACUCUGAGUAAUCUGUAGAAACAAGACUUGACUGUGUCAGUUACAAUCUGAUGCAUUAAUAGGCUUAUUGUCACUUAUCCGUGUGUGCAACUGCACACUCUAAUCAUGUUCACCAGUUCUUUUCAAAUUUAGCAUUUAUUAUUACUACCACAGUAAAAUAUACUGCUUACUCGCCAGAGGGGACAGACAAUAUUUUGUUGCACUGAUCAUUAAAUCUCUCACUCAUAAUUAUCCUUUGAGUAGCUAUAAAAUACCACACCCUGUGCUAUUUUUUUCUAAAAAGGAUUUCAGGCUGGAUUUACAAUUAAAAUCUGUUUUAAUUUGUGUCGUUGCAGGGCAUGCCAAGUACUGUGAUUGAACUGAGGAGGUGUUUUACAUCUCAGUGUCAUUGGGUUAUGGCGCCCCUGUAAUUCAGGUGUCAAACUUAGAUAAAGCUUAUUGUAGAUUUAAAGAUAGAUUUUAGUGUUUGUAUGUGGUCAGAUACACAAACAGAUAAAAUCUAAAGUAUUUUGGCACAUGCAUCAAUUUACCAGACAUCAUGGAGGAGAUCCAACUGUUUCUUUCAUGUACACCAGUGUUUGUGAAUAUAUGCCAACUUUAGUAGUAUGGUCACCUAUACGAUAAUUGCUGCCAGAUGCCAAAUAUUUGUUUAACUUGUAUGUAUAAAUAUGUUUAUGACAGUAUCUCACAUAAGUAUUGCUGACUAGCUAACUGAUUAUAAGCUUAUAUAAAUGACUUAAUGUAUCACUGUUGUAUACAGGGUCUUGUAGCCUGAAAUAGAAGUGAAAAGAUGCUUUAGGCCACUUUAAUAUUACAGUAACAGUCGUCAAAAUGGGAAAUAGUUAUAUAUAUUUGAACCCUCACUAAUUAUUUGUCAGGGUGUGAAUUUCGUGCAGCGAAUAGGCUGCAAUUCUCAUAGUGAGAUUUGAUAAUGUGCCACUGUAACUUGCCAGCAGAGAAUAUGACCCCUAUACUGCAAUUCAUGUUGUUUCAACUGUUGUUUCCACCGCUGUGCAGUACACUAGAGCUAAUUUAUCUCCAUAAACAGAAGCUUCCCAUUCCAAUAACUACCUUAAGUUUCAGCUCACUCCAGUUAUAUUACCAUAAUCUCCCACUAACCACUAAUGGUAUACAGAAAGUUUUGGUUUCAUGUGCCCGGGUUUUACGAUUUCCAUAUCUGAAAUCUAAGAUUAUGUGUUUCUUUGUAAUUUGGGUGAACUGAACCUUUUAAUGGGAGUGUCCAAAAUGAAGUGUACAGUUGGCGAUUUGUAAACUACAAAACCUCAUUUAGAUUGUUAAAUUAAAAGUAAGGUUUUUGGGGGUAGGCAUGCUGCUGACACCUAUACAUUCUGCCUUUCUGGUCACUUUCACAUAAAUGCAGAGAAUAACAGGAAGCAUAGCAGGUUAACCCCCAUCUUGUGUUUGCCUCUAUGCACUAAGACGGAAAUUCCACUAAUCAAUGUACUAUUUUUGCUUGACUCGUCGGUUUGCAGCCCUGCACCUGGAUUAAUGAAGUUCUUUUGUACUGUGACAUUUUGUAUAGAGAUCAGUCAUCAAUAUCUUUACCUUGAGAAAUGUCCUUUACUUUGGGUUGAGAAAUACAACUAGUGCCUUAGAUACCUAGAAGAAGAAAUGUAAGUGUGUUCUUAUUAUUGUUUACUUAUGGAUGUAAGAACCUGUUUUGUUACCUUUUUUGUUUAGAUUUAUAUUUUGUUCUAGACUCCGUAGUGUCAUAUUCACUUUUCUGCCCUUGUCACCAUGACAGUUAAUGACGCAGUAUAUUUGCGAACCUAGAGGCAUUAAAACACACACAAAAAGAUAAAGCUUGAAUGAUGUUUAUUGAUGUAAAAUGAGUUAAAUCAUCUCUAAGUCACAAGUAUCUGUCAGGGGUUUUUGGUUUCUGUAGAAUCACUGUUGUUCAAAGGAGUGAAGAAUUAACUUCAGUCUCACAUUGUCAAACAUUGUCAAUGAAAAGCACCUUGUGGUCAUGUUUGUUUCUGUAUAUACAGAAGAAAAUGCAAGUUUCUGACAGGAAAAAAAAUAUUUGUCAGUGACAACAGUGGAGCAUUAUUUUGUCAAUCAUUUUGAGAUCCUUAGUUCAAAUAAAGCACCUUUGCACCUGUGA